AACUAAACCUGCAGUUGAAGUUGUCCCACAAACCUGCAUCAGCCCCCACCGGAAGUUUCGAAUUUCAUCACUACAAACUGCUUAAUUUACAAUCAGAGUCACUGUAGCGGAAAUGGAAAACCAUUCUCGAGUGUUGUGGCCCGUUGCACUUGCAAUCCUUCCAAGAAAAGCCUCAUUUUCAUUACAACCGUAGCUGCGUUUAGAAGUAUUUUGUAUCCUUUAUCAGGAAAUUUCGGAUCGUGAAAAAUCUCAUUCACUAGCGAACGAAAAUUUAGUGAGAACCAUCUGUGGCCCUUCUGUAGUUAUUGCGUUUCACAAACUCUUCUCACUUUCCCCAGAGUGUCGCAUGUUGCACUUCAGCGCAUAGUGGAAGGUGAAGAACAGCAACCAAAUAAUAAUCGUAAAGUGUUUGUGUGUGUUGUGAGUUUGUUUAGUGAAUUCCGCCUGUUUACGAGGCCAAAAAUGCAUCAACUCGUGGGAUCGCUGUAAUGCUUUCCAGGCGGAGUAUAAAAUUGAACCAUCGCGGACUCUAAAGUUGAACUUUUUGAUAAGCAAGUGGUAUUAUCGAAGUAGGUCCGGAGUGAGUUGCUUCGUAGCAUUCGGUGGAUUUUUUUCGGUUGAUUGAGUGAAGUAAAAAUAAGUUUCUCACACAAUGAAACCCACGGAUAAUAAUGCUGCAGCUGAUGUCGGCCGACCCAAGGAUGACACCCCGGAGGGAGAACGCAGCUACCCGCCGCUGGUUAGAAAUCUGAUUUUACGGGCUAUGGGUGGUGUUUACCUAGUGGCUUUUUUAAGCUUCUAUGCCCAAGCUGACGGCUUGUUCAGCAACAGCGGCGUACUCCCGGCAAAUCGUGUCCUAGCCAAUGGAACCCUCAACGAGCGGAUGAAUUUUCUCCAGCUGGCACCACUGCUGGGACUCGAUACACAAUCCGCCAUCGAUCUGUUCUGUCUGGCCGGUUGUGCUGUCGCAUUUCUGGCGCUGGUAUUUGAAAAUCUGUGCCGACUGCCGAGCUUCAUAACGAUGUGGGUUUUGUACUUCUCGUUGGUUCAGAUCGCACAAAGCUUUCGACAACAGUCGGAUGAAUUACUGCUGGAGGCUGGGUUUCUUUGCAUUUUGCUGGCUCCUUCCAAGCUCAGCGAUCCGCGGGCUCCCAUCGAAGAUUUAGCACUGUUGCUGAUGAAAUGGUUGCUGUUUCGAUACGUAUUCGCAUCGGGAUCGGUAAAACUCGCCAGCGGAUGUCCUUUCUGGUGGGAUCUAACAGGAUUGAAGAGACAUUUCGAAACGAUGCCACUGCCGACUUCGUACAGUUGGUACACCUACCAGCAGCCGGACGGGUUGCAUAAGCUCAGUACGAUUUAUGUUUAUGUUAGCGAGAUAAUUUGCUCCUGGCUUUUCUUCGCACCAAAUCAGAAAGCGCGAAUGUUUGCCCUCUUAUGGCAAGUUUUCCUUCAUUUGAACAUCAUUGCGAGUGGAAACUACGGCUUUCUCAGUUUGAUUGUGCUAACGCUGCUGCUGACACUCGUCGAUGAUCGUCAGUUGGCGAGGACUGCGAAAAAGCCCCAGAGAGAGGACCGAACCGGGGCUUUAGUCGUUAAGGGGAUUGCUAUUUUGAUGGUUUUAGGAACUUGGCUGAUGUUUGGUGUUGGCUUCCGGAAUGGCGAAUUGGUGUUCAAACUGCUAUUCAAUCGAUCUCAGUACUUGAGCAUGAUGCAAAUGAUGGUACGAAUGGCACCGCUUAUGAUUGUGGGUUUGAUGGUGCAGAAGUUUAUUCGAAUAGUUACCAAAGAGGCGGGCACAACUAAUCUGGCCGAUGCCGUACCAAAGCUAACCGAAAACUGGCAACUGUUUCUACCCACGCUAGCAGCCGUCGGUAUUAUGUUCGCAUCGAUUGUGCCACAUUUUCGUUUGACCCAAUCCACUACAAUUGGCUCCCCGCUGGUCACGAGACCAUACGAUAGCUUGCACGGCCUCUACGUAGUCAAUCAGUACGGGCAACAUUUGAUUAAAAUGCGACCAAGGCGGUUGGAAAUAGUUUUGGAGUACUCGAAUGAUUUGGCCGGUCCAUGGCAGGAGUAUGGCUUUCAGUACAAACCCUGGCAGGAGGAGGGCUCGAUGCCUUACGCUUGGGUGUACUUUCCUCGUUUCGAUUUCAAAUUUUACGACGCCUCGAAUGCGAAACCCAGCACUCAGAAAUGGUUGUUUCCGAUGGUUCAACGGUUGCUACAAAAUGAACCGACAGUUUUACAGCUUUUCGACUCGAGCCAUGUUCCCGAGCUGGCGCCCAAGUACGUUAGGGCAUCCAUUUACCACUUUAGUUACACCUUGUGGUUUGGUGGAAAUAGCACUACUUUCUGGACUCGGAAUCGCGAAAGUGAAUAUUUUCCCGCCUUUUCGCUCGAUGAUGGUUUUCUGGAAACGAAACUGCGAGAUGUGGGUGUUCCCCUCGAAGCGGCACCCUCGGAAGCGUUCAAUCUUCCACUGAAGUGGCUGCUGGAUGUGGUAAGAAACUUUCUCAGUUUCUUCGAAGGAUCCUAUCUUGUGCUGGGAGUGUUGGCAGCUGCAGUUGUAAUGAUAAUCACACAGAAGAAAGACUAAAGCCGCGGUAAAUUUUUAUUCGAUGCACAUACCAUUGCACACCUGAUACGUCUAUUAUAGUUAGUGUACUUAGCCAUGUUUAUCCGCAGCGGAUGCUACGUUGUUUCACGCAAGAUGUAUUUUAAUGAACAAAAAAGUCAAUUAAAGUUGGGUACUAUUCCCGGUUAUACGAAACGA